CAAACACAAAACUUGAAACUUCACCAAAUUUUCUUCCGUCAAUGGACGGCUUAAAUCAACCGCCGGGGGACUUGAAUACCCGAACCGAAUAUUUAGUCGAGGAAAUCGAGAUCGAUCCGUCGAGCACAGUACUCGACCUCACGAGCUUUCAGCUUCACGAUCUCGACUCGGUCGAAUUAUCUCCGGGUCUAACCGAAUUAGACUUGACCGCGAAUCGGUUAUCGAGUUUGGACCCUAGAAUUUUGCAUCUUUCUAACCUGAAAAAGCUUUCAAUUCGACAAAACCUUAUUACUGAUGCUGCGAUUGAACCUCUCUCUGGAUGUGAAGCGUUAUCUGGUCUCGAGGAGUUGGUGCUGAGGGAUAACAAAUUAACAAAAAUUCCUGAUGUUUCCAUAUUCAAGAGCAUAUUGGUUUUUGAUGUUUCUUUUAAUGAAAUAAAUUCCUUAAAUGGAGUAUCCAAGGUCUCCAAUACUCUCAAGGAACUCUAUGUUUCUAAAAAUGAAGUUACUAAGAUGGAGGAGAUUGAGCAUCUUUGUCAGCUACAAAUUCUUGAGCUUGGUUCCAACAGAUUACGGGUAAUGGAGAAUUUGCAGAAUUUAACAACUUUACAGGAGCUAUGGUUGGGACGAAAUCGUAUUAAAACAAUUAAUUUAUGUGGGCUGAAAUGCAUUACAAAGCUUAGCUUGCAAAGCAACCGUUUACUUUCUAUGAAAGGACUUGAGGAAUGUAUUGCACUACAAGAGCUGUAUUUGAGUCAUAAUGGUAUAAGCAAAAUGGAAGGCCUGUCAACCUUGGUAAAUCUUUCAGUGUUAGAUGUAUCAUCUAACAAGCUCACUUCAGUGGAUGAUAUUCAGAACCUUGCCAAGUUAGAGGAUCUAUGGCUCAAUGACAACCAAAUAGAAUCACUCGAAGGCAUUGCUGAGGCAGUUUCUGGUUCAAGAGAGAAAUUAACCACAAUCUACUUUGAAAACAAUCCAUGUACAAAAUCUCCAAACUAUGUUAUCACCUUGAGACAGAUUUUUCCUAAUGUUCAGCAAAUUGAUUCCAGUGUAUUCGCUUAGAAGUUUACAUGGUUUCCAGGUUCCUUCUUUGUUAGGACUCUUAUAUCCAAAAAGUUGGAAGCCUAUGCAGGUGGUGUUUUCUAACUAAAUCCCUGCCCCUCUUUGGUUGCUCUAUCAAAGGACUGCCUUGAAUACAUUCUCAUGGGCGUAGAAAUUAACUUUCGAUGCAUUAACUGCUUCUCCGUUGGGGAUUAUGUUUUUGAACAUCAACCAGAGAUUCGGUUUGAAGACCCUAAGGAUCAAAUUGUAUUCUGCUGUUUUAAUGUUGCAGUUGCUGUUUAUACAUGACACCAUCCUUUAAACCUUCGUUUUCCUCUUCAGCUAACUUUAUAUUUAUCUUCUCCAGAGUGACAUUUCAAAUAUGAUUUCACUUUAUAUUACUUUGUAUCUUAUUUAGGUUUAGUUAUAUUGGCAGUUGAAGAAUUAUUAUUCAUGUGUUCUUCAUUUUAAUAUGUUCUUUGAGGGAGUUUCUUCUGUCAGGGGAAUUGCUUUGUCUUGA